GGCUCUCUGGGGUUUAGACGCAGCCUCUGACUGAAAGGUGAUUGGUUCAAACUUUGGAUAGUCUUGUAACUUUUGUCAAGUUAUUGUUAGUCAUGUAAAAGUUAAGCAACGAAGAGCGAGCCUACAGGUUAAUGCUUCUUUCUCAUAUUUCCAUGUGGAAUAUAGAUAUCGCUAUUUUACGCGGAAUGAUUUCAGCUAAUUAUAAAGGUAAAGUGUCCUCCGAUGAAGAUGAUGAUGACCAUGGUUCACGGUCAUCUCCGCCGGAGCGUUUGGUUCGCACGCAAAGUCUCCCGUUCAGCGUCGAAGCCCUCAUGUCGAAGAAGGGAAGGAGUGAAUCAACUUCACAGGAACUGAGUCGGAUGCCAUGCAUAAUAAAUCAGGAUGAUCGAUCCGUGAUAUAUUCCUCCAAACGUUGUGAAUCUGUCAAAGAGGACUCUUCCUGGAUCAAUAAACACAGAGUAUCAACAUCACCACGUAAGUCACCAGGUCCACCGAGUCCCUCAGCAUGCACUCUCAGAAAGCACAAGACAAACCGUAAACCCCGAACCCCUUUCACCACUACGCAGCUCUUGGCCCUCGAGCGGAAGUUCCGCCAGAAGCAAUACCUGUCCAUUGCAGAACGCGCUGAAUUUUCCAGCUCUCUCAGCCUGACCGAGACACAGGUGAAGAUCUGGUUCCAGAACCGAAGAGCGAAGGCUAAGCGACUGCAGGAGGCAGAGCUGGAGAGGCUCAAAAUGACCAGCAAACCCAUCUUGCAUCCUGGCCUCACUCUACCGUUCCCUCUCUGUACGCAAGCCCAGACUGCAGCUCUAUUGUGUGGACAGUCUUUCCCUUUCAGCAGACACAUGCUGCCCUUCACACCUGUAGGAAUAUACUCCACACCGGUGGGUUACACUAUGUGUCCUCUGUCCAAAGACGGCUACUCUGUGGAGCCAGUCUAGAGGAUCUUAUACAAACUAUUGCAUCAAUAUUAUUCGUGGAAACACUUCUGGUUUAUCUGCCGGACUGACAUUAGUAGGUUUGACACAUCAACAGGGCUUGUCAUUAGGUUUUAUAAAUGCACCGGAUUA